UCUGCUUUCUCGUCGGAGAUCAGCUGCCAGUCACCUUCGUAACGGAGGUACACUGCUGUUUCUUCAGUGAAAUCGAGUUCCGCUAUCUUCUUAAAAGAAUGUAUUGGUUGAUUUUGGUUUAAGAAGAAAAUGAGUUCAGAGACAAGGAGCAGGAAGAUUCUUAGUGAUCGUUUUGCUUACCGUGAUGAUCCUUAUCGAAGAGAUUCACUUCCAAGUUUCAGCCAAAGAAGUAAUACAUGCAAUAACUGCAAGCGACCUGGUCAUUUUGCUCGAGAUUGUCCUAAUGUCUCAAUCUGCCACAACUGUGGCCUUCCUGGGCAUAUUGUAUCCGAAUGCUCAACAAAGUCGCUGUGUUGGAACUGCCGUGAACCAGGUCACAUGGCUAAUAGCUGCACCAACGAAGGCAUUUGUCACAGCUGUGGUAUUGCCGGACACCAAGCAAAAGACUGCAUUGCUCGCCAGCUCCCGCCUGGUGACCUUAUACUCUGCAACAACUGUUACAAGCAAGGCCACUAUGCAGCUGAUUGCACGAAUGGAAAAGCCUGCAACAACUGCAGGAAGACGGGUCAUUUAGCCCGUGACUGCAGAGACGAUCCUGUCUGCAAUCUGUGUAACGUUUCUGGUCACCUUGCUAUAAAAUGCCCAAAAACAGAUGGGGUAGUAGGAGACCAAAGACCACGUGGAAACCGAAGCGGCCGAACCCAGUCCGAGGACAUUGUGUGUAGGAACUGUCGGCAAGUGGGUCAUAUGAGCAGAGACUGCACGGCUCGGUUGAUGGUAUGCCGGAAUUGUGGUGGAAGGGGACACAUUGCGUAUGAAUGCCCUUCUGAAAGAUUUGGGAACAAUCAGUAUCCCUUAAGGUACUAAGCCCCACUACAAAGGAGCUUCAACGGUCUAUAUUUUAAUUAAAUCACCAAUAAUGUUUUGUUGUAUCGGUUCUGGGGAUCUUCAGAUGAGGUGUACGUAUGACAUUUAUUAUUUAAUCGUUCAUCGAUUGAGCUGGUUGGGCCCUUGAGAAUUAAUUCAAGUCCGGUUC